AGCAGCUCUUUCUUUGCAAGCAGCAGCGCUAGCUGCCAGCUUCUUAGACGUGGCGGCGGGAGAAGCACAAGGAGGCUAGCUUUUCUCCCGUCCAGAGGAGAUCAUGUGGUUGUUGUUGUGGUUGUUGUUGUUGUUGGAGGCACGCUUCUGCUCCUCUUCUGCUCCUCUUUUUGCAUCUUCUUCUUCUUGCACCUCCAACACUGUCACUUCCACUGCUGACACUAUUAUUGCUGCUGCUGCUGCUGCUGUUACCACCACCACUUCUUCUUGCUCUUCUUCUUCUUGCUCUUCUCCUCCAUCCUUCCCUCUCUGUCUCCUCCUGAGUCGCUGAAGCCCCUCUUUCUGCUCCAAAGGGAUAAUGCACUAGAUAUGUCCGCGCUCAAAAAGGUCUUGCCUGGCAUUCUGCAGAAGCAUUGCUGUAUUUUACCAGACCGGAAUACAGAAUCGCAGUGUACACUCUGUGGUGAGCCUGAAGAGGAAGACGGUGGUGACCUGCUCAAAACAGGAAUCAGUUUUCCAGGAACACCAGAGGAAGAGCUAGACCAGCCGUACUCAUGGUCUCCUACUCAGCAGGACUUCGAUGAGGAAAGAUACUCUCCUGUUUCAAGGAACAUGAAAGGAUUAUCUGGCAGUCGCAAUCAAUCACAACUAUGUUCUGCUCAUACGUGUGGUUUAGCAUCCCCUGAAGAUUGUGAACACACUCAUGAUCAUAUUCACCAUGGCCAGGAGUCAAGGCAGUCAUAUCUUCUCAGUCCAACGGAGAGCUGCCCAAUGGACCACCAUCGCUGCUCGCCGCGAAGCUCCAUCCAUUCAGAAUGCAUGAUGAUGCCCAUGGUUAUGGGCGAUCAUAUGUCCAGUAGCACUUUCCCCAGAAUGCACUACACCUCUCAUUACGAUACUCGGGACGACUGCACCAUGUCUCAUGCUAACCCUAAGAUCAACCGAAUUCCUGCAAAUCUGCUGGAUCAGUUUGAGAAACAACUUCCUCUCCACAGGGAUGGCUUUCAUACUUUACAGUACCAGAGGACCUCAACGGCCGCUGAGCAACGCAGUGAAAGCCCAGGGAGAAUACGUCACCUUGUUCAUUCAGUCCAAAAACUUUUCACAAAAUCUCAUUCUUUGGAAGGUUCUUCCAAGAGCAAUGUCAACGGGACAAAGGGAGAUGGCCGAGGGGAUGACCAUCAUCAUGGACAUCAUUCUAAACACAGCAAAAGAAGUAAAAGUAAAGAGCGGAAACCUGAGAGUAAGCAUAAAACUGGAAUGAGCAGUUGGUGGAGUUCUGAUGAUAAUUUGGACAGUGACAGCACUUAUCGAACACCUAGUGUUGUCAACAGGCAUCACGUGGACCAUAUCUCUCAUUGCUAUCCUGAAGCUCUUCAGGGACACUUUGGGGACCUCUCAUUAAAGACUUCAAAAAGUAACAAUGAUGUGAAAUGUUCAGCUUGUGAAGGGCUUGCCAUGGCCCCCGAUGGCAAAUACAUGAAAAGGAGCUCUUGGUCUACGCUUACAGUAAGCCAAGCUAAAGAAGCUUAUCGCAAGUCAUCCCUUAACCUAGAUAAGCCUCUAGUUCAUCAGGAAAUCAAACCUUCCCUGAGGCCAUGCCAUUACCUUCAGGUGCCUCAAGAUGAAUGGGGAGGGUAUCCUGCUGGUGGUAAAGAUGACGAGAUUCCCUGCAGAAGGAUGAGGAGUGGAAGUUAUAUUAAAGCCAUGGGAGAUGAAGAAAGUGGCGAUUCUGACACUAGUCCCAAAACAUCACCAAAGGUAGCAGUCCAUCCAGAGUCGUUGUUAAAAUCUAUUGGACAAAGAGCUCUUGGAGAUCAGCAAAACCAGAGCUACCUGCAAGCUGCAAGUGACGUGCCUGGUGGUCACAGUUUGGAUCCAGCGGCCAACUACAAUUCCCCCAAGUUCCGAUCAAGGAACCAGAGUUACAUGAGAGCAGUGAGCACCCUCAGUCAGGCCAGCUGCAUUAGCCAGAUGAGUGAAGCAGAGGUCAAUGGGCAAUUUGAAUCUGUUUGUGAAUCAGUGUUUAGUGAAGUUGAAGCUCAGGCAAUGGAUGCCCUCGACCUGCCAGGUUGUUUCCGAACCAGAAGCCACAGUUACUUGCGCGCCAUUCAGGCGGGUUACUCUCAAGAUGAUGAAUGUAUCCCUGCAAUGGCAUCUUCCAAUAUCACCUCAACAAUCAGGUCAACCACAGCUGUGACUUACACGAGUUACAAAAAAACACCGCCGCCUGUACCCCCUCGUACCACCUCUAAGCCACUAAUCUCAGUUACAGCACAGAGCAGCACAGAAUCAACCCAGGAUGCCUAUCAUGAUAGUCGGACUCAGAGGAUUUCCCCCUGGCCUCAAGACAGUCGAGGGAUGUAUAACUCUACAGACAGCCUGGAUAGUAAUAAGGCCAUGAACCUUGCCCUGGAAACUGCAGCUGCACAACGCCACAUGUCUGAGAGUCAAAGCCCCUCGGUCCGAACCAGUGACAAGGCCAUCCUCGUGACAAAAGCUGAGGAGUUCCUUAAGAGUCGGCGUUCGUCUAUAGGGAUUCAGGUGGAAACAGCAACUGAUUCAGAUACUGAGAGCAAAGGCCUACGAGAAUAUCAUUCAGUUGGAGUGCAGGUGGAAAAUGAUAAACGACAUGGCCGGUUUAAGCGAUCAAAUAGUGUAACAGCAGCUGUUCAAGCUGACCUGGAACUUGAAGGCUUUCCAGGACAUAUAACAAUGGAGGAUAAGGGACUUCAGUUUGGUGGCUCUUUCCAAAGGCACUCAGAACCAAGCACUCCUACUCAGUAUGGUGCAGUAAGAACUGUACGGACACAGGGGCUGUUUAGUUACAGAGAAGAUUAUAGGACCCAAGUAGACACUUCUAAUCUCCCUCCACCUGAACCCUGGUUGGAACCAGCCAUUGAGACAGUUGAAACAGGGCGGAUGUCUCCCUGUCGACGGGAUGGGUCAUGGUUUAUGAAGUUGCUACAUACUGAAACUAAGAGGAUGGAAGGGUGGUGUAAAGAGAUGGAAAGAGAAGCAGAAGAAAAUGAUCUCUCUGAAGAAAUUCUAGGUAAGAUCCGGAGUGCCGUAGGAAGUGCUCAGCUGCUUAUGUCUCAAAAAUUCCAGCAAUUCUAUUGGCUAUGUCAACAGAAUCUGGAUCCCAGUGCUAUGCCACGGCCAACUUCGCAAGAUCUAGCAGGAUUCUGGGACUUGUUACAGCUUUCGAUUGAAGAUGUCAGUAUGAAGUUUGAUGAACUACACCAGCUGAAACUGAAUGAAUGGAAAAUAAUAGAAUCGCCUGAAAGGAAGGAAGAAAGAAAGGUUCCUCCACCUGUACCAAAGAAGCCCCCAAAAGGAAAAUUCCCUAUUACACGAGAGAAGUCUCUAGACCUGCCUGACAGACAGCGUCAAGAAGCUCGAAGGAGGCUAAUGGCUGCUAAAAGGGCAGCCUCUUUUCGACAAAAUUCAGCCACAGAACGUGCAGACAGCAUUGAGAUAUACAUCCCAGAAGCCCAAACAAGGCUUUAAAGACCAGAAUGCUGCAUACUUUCUUCAUCUUUUUUUUAAACAAACAGUCAUAAAGCAAAAGCAAAAUGCUUGUACAGUUUGUCUCCUCCCUGCUCAUUUUUGUCACACACAUACACACACCCUCCCUACUGCCACUCAGUGGCCCUUGGUAUUGUGUCCUUUGUGCCAUUUGCACAGUGGAAUGCUUUCUGAGUCCCCCAGAAUUUGCUGUGCCCAUUCGCAAGAACGACUGUUCUGUUCUCUCUCUCUCUUUAUGUUUUUUUUUCUUUUAUAUUUAUGAUCAGACUAAACAAUCAGCUCCACUGGAUAGGGCUUGUUGAGACCUUACUUAUCCAAUGUGUUCUCAGAGGACAACAAGAAACACCUCCUGAGAUGGAACCCAGCUUACUUUUUUUGUUAUUUAUAUUUUUAUAAAUGAUGUGAUAUCUAGGGAUAAGAAUAACAAAACUUUCAAAUGGGUGCAUCUUACCAUUCACCAGAGGCAUUAGCUAAUCCAAGUAGAAGGUGCUACAAAUGUAAUGUGCAAGAAAGAAAGAACCCAUUUCUCUCCCUCUCCUCUUCUUCUGCCCCAUCUUCUCCCUCUGUCUCUUUUUCCUGGACCAUACAGUACUUUCCUUGCCUUGUACCGAUAUAAAGUUUCUGCCUAUGUGCUCUGCCGUACCACUCAUCUUUGUUAAUCCAAAAUAACACUAGGCCUAUCAUCUCAUGCCGAAUUGCAGUUUUGGAGAUGAACAGGGACAUCCAGCCAUUAAACUCCAAAAUUCAUCAGGCACAAGCAAACAAAAAGCAUGGAAGUCUUUUCAUUACCGAGAAAGUCCAGCCUGGAGUGAAGAGAUGGUAUGAACAAGCAUCCGGAUGUCUGAUGGAAAAGUGCAAAAGGAGUUGAGUGAAAAGAGGGGGGAAGGGGGAAGCCUUAAGAAUUUUGACCUUCUGUAGCAAGAUAUGAAAAGUUCUAUCUGCUCUUUUGGAACAUUCAUUACAUUUUAAACAGUUAUUUUAUGUUGUGGUUAUUUUGUUUACAAACAUAUUUUUGGUUAAAUUUCAAAAGUGAUGCUACAUGUAAUAUUUGAAGUUUCAAAUGCUAGAUCAGUUGAGUUUCCAGGGUAUCCUUUAAAACAAAACACACAAAAAACACCUUUGCUUGUUUAAAAUACCAGUUGUGACAUUGUAAUUGGUUUAAGAAAUAUGAAUGUGAGUGGUAAGUAUAUCUCAGUUUAAAUGGUAAUCUUAAGGUUAAAAGGUGAACUGUGGUUUACAUUUGUAAUUUUUUACCCUCCAGAAUUCUUUUUUUCCCCUCUGUCCUAUGCAGUAUUAAUUUAAAAGACACGGAAAAGUCUCUUGAUUGUUCAGAUUUGAAAGUGUGAUUUCAAAGGGUGUGUGUGACUUCUAACUAUGGAAUGUAAAAAUAAUCAAUUCCUAAGCACUUGAUUUGCACCAAGACAAAAGCUAGAAGUAAUACACUUGGGAAGGAAAUUUAUAAAAAUAGCAUUAUUCUAGUGUAUCUACCUUCACAAAGUUACAGUCCCAGUUGAUGUUACUGCUCUAGAAAGAAAGAAAAAAGUCUUCACAUUAAGACACAAAGAGCAUUGUCCCACAAAAACUGAAAUCAAGAUUCUGAAUAACACAAAAUAUCAAAACUGAAAUCCAUGAGGGAAAAAUAUUUUAUCAGUCUUAUUUGAAAAAUAUGUAUUUAGCCAUAGGCAUAGAACAGUUACUUAAACACUACUACAGCACUUUGGUUUUUCACCUCGAUGAGCACUUUAAGUAUGUACUUUGCAACAAGCCCAUCAACCUGUCAUCUGACUGAAAAUGUGAAAUGUUAAAGGAGGAUAAACAGGUCUGAUGUUGGGUUUUCACAUCUCCCCCACCCUUUCCUCCUGUGUAUUUUGUUAAGCAUGCGUUCUGUUUUAGGGCAAAGCUGAUAUAAGCAUGUUUAGCUUCAAGAUAUGAACCUUUAGAAUUGAAUGUUUGAGAAAGGAGGGAACAUUGUAAAUGGAGCCAGAUCUCUUAUGUAGAUUUUACCAAAUAGCCUUAAACUGCAUUUGGAAGCAAAAAACAAAACAAAAAAACAAGAGGAAUGUAUAUCAUUUUAAAAAAUGCAAAAAAAAAAAUGGUGAUGACUUUGACAAGGAUAAUGAUGAUACUCUUUAAUUAUUGUUCUGUAUCAAUUAGGAUAUUCCCUUUCCCAGAGUGUUCAAAGAAUUUCUGUACCUGGAAAGAAUGGAUUCCUGGGUAGUGUACAAUGCUGCUUAUUGCUCUGUUUUAAAUGCAAGAAUAUUUGCAGGUAUAACCAACUUUAAAGAUGGGUGGGUUGUGUUUGUUUGUUUGUUUGUUUGUUUUCAAAUGGAGCUGCUAAUUAGAAGUAACCACAUGAAAGUAGUUAUAAGGUAUGCAUUUCCUAAAGACAGCAAAUCUGAAAUAUAUAUUUCUGUCGUUCUUCUCUUCCCAACACAUCACAAUUAUGGCUGCUGCUAUGUUUUUAUCUCAUUUUUUAACGGGUAUUGCCAAAUCGUAUGUGCUUUUCUUCUUUGUCUAAUCCUGUGUAGAUCAGGGACUGAUGGUAAUAAGGUAAUCUCAUUUGAUUUCCCACUGUGUACUACAGUGUGGAAACUACAGAGAGAGAGAGACAAAAAGUUCUAUGCUGAUGAAACAUAAAGUCUAAUGCGUUAAAUAUUAUUUGCAUAUAAAUCCCAUUGAAUUUUAAACCACUUUUGCUGGAGCUAUGAUCAGGGUAAGGUGCUUCUGCAUUAAGCAUUCUAUGUCUGUCACUUGCAACAUUACCAUAACUGGCCAGGCAUUUUUCUGGGAAAAGCACACAUUGACACCUACAACUCCAACAAACAUGGAAGGGUGUUUUCUCUUUAAAUGUGUACAUGUAAGAUCACAUGCAAUUAGUUUGGCCCUAUCUCUACUCUUUAAGCCUUAGACCAGCAUGCCUCCAAAUUUCAGUGGCAUGGGUUUUUUUUUGGGGGGGGGAUAACUAAGAAUCACAUUAAUGGUCUGCUGUGAUCCAUGUGUUGCCCAUCUCCGAAUUAAGCAGGGUCAUCAAAGGAAAACUAGAUUCCAGUGCAAACAAAAAACUUGAUCUGAAACAACCCAUGAGCUUUAUUUCGAUGCAUUUUAAAAAUGCUCUGGCCAGGAUCCAAUGGGUGAAAUACACCAGUGCAGUCUUUAAGUAUGUACGUUGAUGGAUGUUACAUGGGGAGACGUCUAUCACCUCCUGGUGCACUUCCCCCCCAGCACAAGGCAACUUGAUGGCAUGAGUUUCAUUUCCAUGGUCAAUUGGUGGCCAAGAGGACAGGGAAGGGCCCUAGCACCAUCCAGCUGUAGUUGUGUAGCUAAGAAAAAGGGAGAAUUCUCAUCCUCCCAGACCACCAGCAAAAACACAUAUCACAUAUAUAGUCCCAAACAGUGACAGCUCAGUCGAGGAAUGUGGAAGCCCAACUUUAUGCCCCACCAGCAUUACUGUUGGAUCUUGGCCUCUCGCAGAUUCAGCCGAACCCUAAACUGCAUGUUAUCCAUGCAAUGAUGAUAAUAUAUUGAACAUAAACCUUUUCCUCUGUAGGUCACCUCCUUGGUUCCACUUUUGUUCCAAAGAAAAAAUGUUAAAAUGUAAACCAGAUGCCUUCUGCUAACUGAUAAAAGGUUAACUGUUCACAAGUCAAGUUUUUAAGUGCAAUAUAUUCAAUUUCUUUUGUACAGGAAAGAUUAAAUCAAUAAUGGUAGAUAAUAAGCCUAGCUUCUUAUUAUUAUUCAUUUAAUUUUUAGGGGACAGGGUGGGCUUAAAAUUAAUGUUUAUAAUAUUUGUGUUGCAAAUAAGUUGGCUUCAGUCUAGAAUGAGUGCUAAAGAUUAUAUAGAGAGUAUUACUUCAUAUGCUUCAGAUUUAAAGUCCUUUAUAUAAUUAAAAGGGAGGGGAGAGAUACAGCUAUAUACUGCAAUAGUGCUGAAAAUGUACAGUUUCCAAUUAAACAUAUUUAUAUUCCCUUUUCAAGAUAUGACACAAUUACCAUUUCUGAAAUUAAAAUCUAGAAAAUUAUAUUAGACACCCAGGUUAAUAGCUGAAUCUUAUAUGUGCCUAUUCAAAAACAUAUCCAAAUAAGUUCAGCGGGACUUAUAUACACUGCAAAAUACAAGUAUAAUGAAAGCCAACAGUAGAAUCCUUUGUAUAUUUACUCAGACGUAAACCUCAUUGUGCCCAGUGGGAUUUACUCCCAAGUGUCUGAUUGUUGUCCAGUCCUAAGGAUACAGGCUAAGUGUUGAGUCCCAUUGAAUAUAGUGAGACUUACUAAGUAGCAUUCCAGUGCAGGCUUACCUGUGAAUCAGUAUCCUAAAUACAAUAAAGCUGACUGCUGAACAAGCAUAUGAAAGAUUGGACUACAUGGAGCAUACCCUAAAUAAAAGUGAAAAAUAUUCUUGACCUCUUUCCAAUGCCCAGGGCUGUGUUUUGUAUCAUCAAGAUUCCAUUUUAUGUCACAUUUAUUGAUUUUAUUUAUUACUUGACACCCCAGCCUUCCAACUGCAUUAUCAAAAUGACUGUCAUUAAAAUGUGGGUGUCCAUGUGGGUGUAUGGUUUGCUGUGUGGUUAAUCAGAAUGGCCUUGUAUAAAUACACAUAGACAUGGUUUAAAGGAUAUUUUGUUUUAGUUUCACCAAAAGCAAAUUGCCUAUCAUAUCAAUUUGAGCGCUGCCCAAAAGAAUAUAAGAGAAAUAAUUUGGGUAUUCACAGAGAAGCCUAAAUGCCCUAAAAGCACCAAAUCCCUAGUUAUUACUUGGAUGGGAGGCUGCCAAUGAAUUCCAGGAGCUGUAGGCUGUAUUUCAGAGGAAGGGGCUGACAAACCCACCUCUGAGUAUUCCCUGCCUAAAGAGCCCUCAUGAAAUUCAUGUAGUUGCCAUAAGUCAACAGGCAACUUGAAGGCACACACAUUAAUGGAAAGGAGCUGGAGAAAGAAUUUUGAACUGUGGAGAUUGCUUUUUUGUUAUGAUUCUAAUUUGCUGUAUAUAUAGAUUGUUGUUGUGUGCCUUCAGGUCAUUCCUAAUUUAUGGUGAGCCUAAGGUGAAAUGAUCAUGGGGUU